UAGCUUUCUUCACUCACAAUAAUCAUUUCUUUUAAUUGAAUGAAACAAACAAGACAUUCAAAUAGACCAAAAGCUCCACAGAGAUAGAGAGAGAGAGAGAGAAAGAGAGCUUUUCUUCAGAGAAGAAUACAUGGGUGGCUCUACAAGCAAGCAGGAGAGAAACAGUAGUAAGAGACGCAUCAAGGUGAAAUCAAAUGAACAACAGAGAAGGAGAGAAACAAGAAGAGAGCUUGAUGAGAAAGAGAGAGUGAUUUUGGCUCUGAAGAUGGCAGAGACAGAGUGGAGAAAGGAGAGGAAGAGACUGAGAGAGGAAGUGAAAAGUCUGAGACAGAAGAUGGAAGAGAAAGAAGAAGCAAAAGCGAAACAACACGAGUGGGAAUGGGUUGUGGAACAGAUGUGUCUAGAGAGAGCCGUGAGGGAAGAAGCUGUGGAGAGGUGGAAACAGCUUUAUUUUGCUAUCAAGAAUGAGCUUGAUGACCUCAUCCACACAACAUAUGGAGAGGCACUGAGACAGAAACCUCAAGAAGAAAUAGUGCAAGAACUCAGGAAGGAAGUUAAAGUUAGGGGAGAAACUAUUGAGACACUCAAGGGAAGAAUAGCUUUGAUGGAGAAACAACAAAAUGGGAAGGAAAGAGAGAUUGACUUACUGAGACAGAGUCUGCGAAUCCUCGGUAGUAGCAGCGGGAGGAACAAAGCACCGUCAUCUACUACCAGAAGCCUGCCAGUAUUCAAAACAAAAUUCAUCGGGUGUAAAUAACAGUUUUAGUCAUAGCAAAUUACUUUCCCACAGGGAUUGCUUAAUAAAGUAAGCUUCAAGAC